AUGCGAGGCGCCAGCUUUUUUCUGCUUCUUCUGGCUCGUGAGUUGUCGGAAACUCUUGGAAAUUGAAAGUUAUCUCCUCGAAAUAUUUGCGUUUUCGAAAACCUGAGGGAGCUUUUAUAUAUGAAUGUGGCUAUUUUUAGAAAGCCUUCGAUAUAUAAUAUUCAGACGCUUUCAGAGUCGUCGGAUACUUCAAAUUUUCAUGAAUGAACUAGAAUGAUUUCCUCUUAUUUUUAAGUUCAUACAGUAACCGCCGGCUCUGGAAGCGCUUCAAACUGUCCGAAAGCCGCCAAAUAUGGUAACGGACCUCCGUCUUCCUGCGCCGCGCCUACAGAUCCCAACAAAAAGCCGCCUUCAGCCCUAGAACGAUGGUUUACCAAAGAUAUGUUCAACGUAAGAUUUUUUAUUUUGAAGUUCAAGCUAUCAUACAGAAAGAGAACUAAUGAUUGAACAGUUUCUGAUCACUGAAAAUUAAUAAGAUUAGCACUAAAGACUGAUUUGAUUAAGAAAAAGUGCUGUUUAUUUUCAAAGGGGCGUUUUAUUCAGUCGAAAACAGUACACUUAUUGAUUAACCGAUUUGAAAAGGGUUCAGUAAAGGUUGAAGUUGUGAAUAGGUUCAAUGGAUAGGCUAUAAAAAAGGUAUCAAAUGCUUUCGAUUGAGUUGCGCAUUUUCUAGGAUCUGUUCCCGAAAGCCAACAUUGGCUGGGGUCCAAACAAGUGCUGGCCGUACUCCUAUGAAGCUUUUGUCAUCGCCGCCCGUUAUUUCCCCGAUUUCGGGACGUCCAGCCCGAACAACGUCUACACGGCCAAGGAAAACAACAAACGCGACUUGGCCGCCUUUUUCGCUCACGCGAUUCAGGAGACUGGCGAGAAUAAUGCGGCUCUUUAUAGGUAUUGACCUUGGACUUGAUUUAGGGAAACGAAGAAGGAUUACCAAAAAAAAUUAUAGAAAUAGGAAAAUAGCCAGGACCAGAAAAAGGCCGGAGAAGUACAAUUUAUCUGUGGGAUGCAAAUUAUUACGUUUUUUGAACUGGAAAAGUUGCAAAACAUGUGCUCUGAAGAUGAAUUAUAGGCAGAAUAAGUCUAAAAAGUCAAUUUUUGACGUUGAGUACUGGCGCUUUCAGUUGAAUUUUUUUCGAACCUUUUUUGUUUUUGUAGGAAGUUACCUUGUCUAUUUUCUAUUGUAGUUCUGGCCCCGAAAUGCUUCUCGCAAUCUUCGUACUUUCUUCCCCAAGCUUAUGAUUUGAUAUGAUAUCAGUGCCAUGUGACUGGGGAUUUUCUACUUAUGAGGAGUUGAUAAAAAGUUUUUGGCGUUCUUGGUGGAACUUUGAGAAGCAAAAUAACAAACUGUGUUCCUGAGAGAACUCCUAAUAAGUUCCAAGAAAACGAGUAAUAAAAUGUUAAUAGAAUACAAAUGAAGAAAAAGCAAAGAAAUGGACGAAAAUUAUAUUCUUUUUGACAAGUUUUUUUAACAUUUUCGUCUCGAUUUCGAACUGAAACUAGGUCUUUUCAGUACAAUGUCGAAGCAAGACGCCGACAAUUGCUUCUACCGCGGCGGCUUCUACAAUUGGUUCGAGGGCGGUCCGACGAGUUCCUUAUUGGCCCCCAGUAAUCCUGGCCAUUCGCCAAGCGAUGGAAACGUUUGCAACACUGCUGGAAGGUAAAGGACGGUUCAAAAAGUAUUUAGACUAGAAAAAUCAAUUUUAUAAUUAGAUCUACUCAUAAAAAAAUUAUAAAAACUUGAAAAUUCUUGAAACCUAAAAGUUUUGAAAUCUUGAGUUCCGACAGGCUUUUGUGAUCAACUUCAAGAAGUAGGUAACGAGCUAUAACUCUUAUUUGGUACUCAUUUUGUGAAUUUUCUGAGAAUUUCUAUUAUGAGAGUAGACCCUUCAAGUUGAUAAGACUCAAGAAGUAGUAAAGUAGAGGAAGAAAAUAACUUUUUGUGAAAUUUUUGAUCGUCUCCAGAUGUUACUUUUUUGCAGAUACUGUGCAACAUCUCCCCAAAUCGACUAUUUCUACAAAUGUUCCGACGCCUCGAGUGGAAAUCCCGCUGCUCCCUACUCCGGAUGCUACUUCGGUCGAGGCGCCAUUCAAAUCUCCUACAACUACAACUACGGACAGUUCCAAGAAUGGCUCGACGCCCAGAAUAUCAAGAUCAAUCUGAUCAAGAAUCCGAAUCUGGUGAAUAUUUUAUGGCUUGAAACACCUUGAAAUUACUCUUGCGCUACUUCACUGCUGCGCCCGACCUUCAACCACUUUCAUCCCUUAUGCUAUGGAAUACCGCCGCGCAUGAUUAGGUUGUUGUUGAGAGUUUUGAGUCAUUCUUUGCGAUAUUAUUCAAGUCUCGGCGAAAAGAAUCUGAUAAAGUGACGUUCAAGGUGAUGACCAGUAUGGAUCCUCCUUUGGCGAUUAUGGCCUCCCUUUGGUUCUACAUGACGGCUCAGCCGCCGAAACCGGCCAUGCACGACAUUGUUAUGGGUUAAUUUUGAAUUUUUUUUUUGGUUGUAAGGUAGAGCAAGAUUCCGGGUUAGUUUUAGGGAUAACAAAUAUACGAUCUGCUGCAAUCUAGGGCAACUUUUUUGUGGAAUUUCUCAUUUAAAUCAAAACUAUAUUGAACUUGAUCAACAAUUUUAAGUUUGGUCCUUAACUCGAAAUGUAACUAGCACUUUUUUCCCUUCAAAAGUAUUUUCUAGGUUCUUGGAACAGCGGGCCCACGAACAUUGCUGCCGGCUAUACUGGCCCGAUUUUCGGCCCAACUUCUCUCAUUAUCAAUAAUGAGUGCAACGGCGAAGAUCCAACUGAUCCAGGAGGUGGAAAAUCGAGAAAAAAGAUCAAUGAAAUGAUUCGUCUAGGUCCUGGCGAAUCACGAAGAAUCAAGGCUUUCAAAUGGUUCUGCGGGUAUUUCGGCGCACCAACUGGACCAGCAAAUCUGCUCACUUGUAAAGGUAGUUCGUGAAAAACAAAAACCAGAGGUUAAUCUUCUCCCUACGUGUCAAGACCUCUUUUUUUAAAUAAAUUUCUGAUUUAUUUAAUGGCUCAAGACAGUACUUAUUUCGAAAAGGUUUUCAAAAUUAUUCGACCAGAUAAAGAUUUUUCAUUAUUGAACCUUCGGACUUUUCUGCAGACAUGCCAGUAAAGUUGGGAGACUUGAAGUACAACCUCAGCUACGAGCCUGACUGGGCGACGACUUGGAAGAAUGAACGGUGCAAUUGUGUUCCGGCUUCUUACGGAGGUCUUUUCAAUUUAAUAAUAUUUUCACUUGAGAAACUGCAAAGGGAAGGUGUAAAUAAAUGUAUACAUAUUAAAUAAACAAAAAAAUUUUUAUGCUCAAACUGGCUCACGUUUUCAUUGCCAUGGUGUCAUUUUUCUGAUUUUGCAUCAUUUUUCAGAAACAAAAACAUCAUUUUUUUUUUUAGUUUAAAUGUUUCACUACCUCUGCUUGGUUUUCAAUUUCUUUUUUUUCACCUUGCCGGUGUUUCAUUACCAAACUAUUUUUCCAGGCCUCGUCAACUACUUCGACCCUAACUACUAUCCGGCCAAAUUCACGGCCCAAAACGAGAAUAAUCGCCAAAAGUGUAUUGCGAGCAUCUACGGCGACCCGGCCAUGUACAACAUGGACAAGGGCUCCUCUCCAUGUCUCAAUUAUCCUUGA